CUCAUCAAUGUCUAUCCAACUUUUAACUAGUCUAAAUUUUGGCAAUGUAUCAGUUCUCCAUUGCCUUCUUCCAGUUCCUGAUGGUGCGAAGCGGUUGUUCUUCCAUAUCCAACAUGCCUACUAUCCUCUCGAAGGUAACAGAUCUCCCACCAGAGAUCCAAACGACCAUCACCAAGAAGGCGCUGGCAUCAUUGGCGAAAGAUCAGAUGACUCAGUUUGAAGCUGUCUUCCAUAGACGCCAUGGAGAUCAGGAUGCAAGUGGAUUCAUAGUGGCGAUUUGCAGCAAGAAACUCCAUCUUACUUCCAAAGGCGUGGUGGAGUACCACCCUCGGAUUUUUGAGAUAAUACCUCUUUUACACUCUAUGUACACUACUCUGUCCAGUAUGACCUUCUUCGGCAUGAUCUCCAGUAGAAGCUUUAGGUUGCAAACAACAAUUGGUAUCGCUACCGAUCAGAGUGGGAUGCGUGUGAGAAGCGUGCACCGUGGAAUAAGUUUGAUCCGGAGCACAAUGCCAGAACUAGGUGAAUCUUCCGAGCUUGGUACAAGUCCUUGAAUGUGUUUAGUUUACAGGGUAUGUUACAGAUUUCUCCUAUGGCAAGAACUUGGGAGAUAAAGUGCAAGAGGUUGUCAUCUAUAAGUGAACGUAUGUCAACCUCCCUUCCUAGCGUAGUUCAUCGACCCCCAAGUUGGAUGCCAAGUCAGGGUUCUAAUGAAGAUGAUUGAGGUUA